GGCGAUGUUUCGGAAACAACAGGUGUAGAGUUGAAGCUACUUUUGAUGUCAUCGACCAAGAAGGUGCUAUAGAAGACGAGGUUAGAGGUGAAAUCCCAUCCAUCAAACAAAAUAAAACUAGAGAAUUGUAUAAUCUGGUCGUUCUCUUCUCAACAUCAAUAUUACCCGUCAAUCGAAAUAUUGAGCCCAUAUAAAUAUGGGCUUGAAAGAACUGGGCCUAAAUAAAAUUUUAAAUUCGGAGAUACAUUGAUAAGAUUAAAAACCCUAAGCGUAUAUAAAUCAUAUAGUUUUCAUUUUUUCGUACUUCUUCUCCAUCGCCGUCUAAAAACCCUAAUCUCACUCCGCCUCCUGCGAGAUCCAUCAACACUUCCGCAAAAAUGAAGGUUGUUGCUGCGUUUUUGCUUGCCGUCUUGAGCGGGAAAGCUUCCCCAACCACUGGCGAUAUCAAGGAUAUUCUUGGAUCAGUUGGUGCUGAGACAGAGGAUUCUCAGAUUGAGCUUUUGUUGAAGGAAGUGAAAGGGAAAGACUUGGCUGAGCUAAUUGCUGCUGGAAGGGAGAAGUUAGCUUCAGUACCAUCAGGAGGUGGUGGUGGUGUUGCGGUUGCUUCUGCUACAUCUGGAGGUGGAGGAGGUGGUGGUGCUCCUGCUGCUGAGUCCAAGAAAGAAGAGAAGAAAGAAGAGAAAGAAGAAUCCGAUGAUGACAUGGGUUUCAGUUUGUUCGAGUAAUGCGGUAUACUUGGCAUUUGGUUUUGCUGUACCCUUUCGAAAUCUUUAUGUCGUUGUUUAGUUUGUUGUAUUCGACUAUCUUCUUAGACUUUGCUGAAAUUCUCAAGAGAUUUUUUUACUCAAACAUCAGUCCACUUGUGAUUGGCAUUUAUAUUUCAAACUAUUGCCUUAGUUACAUCUUCAAUAGUCCACUUAUGAACGAUCUUUAGUAAAUUCUCUUA